AUGGGUGUGCAACAACGCAUUCUAGUGUCCAUAUGUCUUGCAUUGCUCUUGGUUACAUUCUCUAUUUCGGAACCAGUCUCCACCCACCCGCUCGAUCCCCAUCGCCAGUUUGAUGUUAACAAAAGAACCCUAACCCGGAUUCCACGUAGGAAUCGGGGUAGGGUAGGUAGCCGUGGCGGUGGGCGAAGGGUGGGUGGCGGUGGUAGACCAAGACCAGUUAGUGGAUCACAAAACUGUGAUCCACUAUACCAGUAUCUAUUCGGAAGAUGUGGCCGAUGGCCUUUCUCUCGUACUUCUCCGAAUAAUCCCUUUCUGUCUAGGCCUCCCCCUCGCUGGCGACCACGUCGUCCGCCACUUAUCCCAUCCCCACCUCCCCCUCGCUGGCGACCACGUCGUCCGCCACUUAUCCCAUCCCCACCUCCACCCGCACUACCCCCACCACCUCCUUUGGUCCCGUCUCCUCCUCCGCCAUCACCGCCGCCACCACCGCCACUUGUACCGUCACCUCCACCACCCGUCCCAUCACCGCCACUUGUUAUGUUAUCUCCACCACCAGCCUUUAUCCUUCCUCCCGCAGUACCCGAGCUACCCAACAAUCCCUUUCAAGCCCCACCGUUGGUUCCGAAUCCAAUAUCGUUUUCCCCGCCCGCUUUCGAUAUAAAUCCUCCACCACUUGUGCCUAUAUUACCUCCACCGCAGGUCGAUCCUGGACCGAUUCCACAACUUCCACCACAAACAGACCCUGGACAGCAGUUUCCGCCAGAAUUCGAUAAUCCUGGACAACAAUUUCCACCGUUCGAAUCGACGACACCAUUACCGGAGAUCAUAAUGCCUCCACCAGUAGAUGAGGACCCUAUACCAUAA